GUUUUGCUCAACAGCACGCAGUCGCAGCGAAACCGCAAAUACAUGCUCCACUGUCAGCGUGUAUUUCGUUCGAAAAUACAAACCCAAACGACAGCUUAAGCCCGACGAUUUCAUGAUAACGCCCACCUUACUGGAAGGGAAUCCACUAGUAGAAAUGAAGGCUGUAGGAGUCUUCCAUGCGGAUCAUUUGGAUUUAUUAGCAGUGAAACUAAAGCCACCCACUAUUAUACAAGAAUAUUUUGCUUCUCACCGCCUACAGCUCUGGUACCAGCCGCAUAGACUUCAUAAAACAUUUUCUUGGGAUGGUGCAGAUGCACAAGGUGAAGCUCUAAACUGCACAAGAAAAAAAAUCCAAAGGUUCUUUUCAACGAUGACUGUCAAAAACAUGUCGCUGGAGGUUCGACGUACCGAAUCAAGUGGAGGAAGUUCCACAGAGCUACUUUCCAGCGAGCAGCUGCAAAGGAGAGAAAUAGAGCGCGACCUCAGAGAGGAGAAGAAGGAACUCGAUGCGAGGACUACCUUCUACUCCGAGAACAGUGCAACAAAUCCUGCUGAGGAACACUAUGUUGUCGUUGCCAUGGGCUCGAACUUGGGAAAUCGUGUGCGACACCUCGAAAACGCGCUUCGCCUCAUUCAUGCAACAGAGGGAGUCCAAGUGCGCAAUAUGUCAAGCCUCUAUGAAUCAGCUGCGCAGCCGAAGUUUGUAGAGGGGAUUCACGAAGCGAAGUCGUCAGCGAUUGCAACUGCAGUUCUUACACGAAAUAACUACGCUGAACUAGGUUUGUCAACUUGUAAUAGAUCUUCGUCAUUAUAUCCGACAUCGACUGCUGACAGAAGAGUAAGUCGUUCUCGUUCUGGGAGUUGUAUUAAAGAAGAUGGCGUAGGGGAAGGCGUACUCGAUGUUAAUAUUGAAGCAACAUCUCAUCUUCAGUCGACACCAUCUACGACGGACGGCGCUAGCUCACGACCUGACAGCUCGCUUUCCCCCAGCAGCAGCCCACAACGGCGUAUUAGACGACCCGGCCUAGCUGCAGACUCCAUGGCACUCGCUCAGUUUCAGUGUUCAGCAUCAGAUGAGAGAAGCGCACCUUACUUGAAUGCAUGUUGCAGCUUAUCUACGACACUGUCGCCCGUGGCGCUACUAUCUGCACUUCAGGAAGUUGAAGUGCGUAGUGGUCGGCAGCAGAUGAAUAAACACAUAGCGCUCUCAGAAAUUCUAGUAGAUGAGAAGGACUUCCAAGACGACGUAGAGCGUUUGCGAUACCUUGCCGCGGCACGACCAGUCGAUCUCGACAUUUUGCUAUACGACGACUCCCAGCUAGGUACUAGUACAUCCUCCUCCUCUUUGAGAUCCUCGUCUCAGGUGGUCGAGGGCAACCAGAACGAAGCACAUGCUAGCUCUACGAGCAUUACCUCGUCGUUGGACUUACAGAUCCCGCAUCCGCGAAUGCUCUUUCGAGAUUUCGUUUUGAAGCCUUUACAAGAACUUUUGCGAGCAGAUGAGAGGCAAAGCUUCCGGCAUCCCGUGACGGGCGCGGUCUUGUGUGACCUCAGUAUGCCAGAUGGCGGCGGCGGUCCCUUGCGGUACCUCCCUGGCCUGGGCACGAGCGCGUCUUCUGCCUUUGAAUCUCCUGGUCGUCUGUUAGACACUGAGUCACCAGAGCAGUCUUCCUUCUCGAAAUCCGGUAUGCCGUUUGUAUUGGGUAUUUUAAACACCACUCCGGAUAGCUUCAGUGAUGGAGGGUUGUUUUUGGCAUCGGAAGCAGCGGUAAGGCACGCCCGAAAGAUGCGAGACGAGGGCUGCGAUCUUGUGGAUGUCGGCGGCGAGUCGUCGCGACCAGGCGCUGAGACGGUCACAGUCGAAGACGAGCUGGCUCGCGUCGUUCCUGUCUUCAACGGGCUACGGAACGAGGACAUCCCUUUUUCAUCCGACACGCGGAAGGCCGAAGUAGCCCGAGUGGCGCUACAAGCCGGAGCUACAUGCAUCAACGAUGUUAGCUUUGGCCGAUAUUACGAGGAGAACGCCAAUGCAGUAGACGAGACAGCAGAAGGGACGAUGGGGAUGAAGGAGAAGAAUCCUAUGUUUCAGCUUCUCUCCGAGGCAGUGCAGAAUAUUCGUUCUCUGCGUGGUUUAGACCACGAUGAGUCUCCAGACGAGGCUUCAGAGUUUUUCUAUAUUGGCAUGCAUAUGCGAGGUGACUUCAAAUCUAUGGACUUCCUGACGGAUUACUCUACUCCGACCUCUGCUGGGUCCGGUUCUUUUACGUCUUCUGCUUCUUCACAAUCACAGUAUAUCAACAAGGAGCACAAAGUUCGAGAAAUCGAAAAGACGCAAAUAAAAGAGGAGAUGAAGAGGAUGACGACAAUUGUUGGGCACCUGAACUCCUACUUUGAAAAGCGUCUAAAGCAACUAUGGCUGAACUAUGGUGUACCAUCUUGGCGCGUGGUCUGUGACCCAGGUUUGGGCUUCGCGAAAACGCCAGAACAAAGUCUUGACAUUGUUAAGCACGCUCACCUUCUUCACCGGCCGCUUCAGUGCUAUGGACACAGCAGGAAGCGUUUCGUGAGUUUUGCACAGGGUACUGGCGCCGUGUGGCUUGACAAGAAGAAGCAGCUCGGACACGAGCAGGUCUCUUCGUGCACGAGCUCGUCAAAUGGCGAUACAAUGCUGCAAGAAAGAGAAAAACAACUAGCCAAAAAAUUUGGACAUGAAGGUGAACGUCGAACACGGGAUUGUGGUACACUGCCAGGAAAUCUUGGGUUAUGCUGUGUUUUGUACCAAAAGCAACGCGCCAACAUGAUGCUGCGGGUACAUGACGUUCUCGAGACGAAAUACGCGCUGCAAGCAUUCGCGACCGGCGUUUGAUGGAUAGAGGUCUAAGUGCACGCUAUACCUACUUGCACAGACGUUGUUCUUGCUUAUUCUAAGUAAAAACGUCACAACACCUACUUAGUAAGUUGUAGUUGCGUCCUCUUCAUCAGGUGGAGGGAAUCAACUCAAGCAGACCUCCUCCUCUGUUUUGACGUUCAUUGUUCUCGACGACAUCUGCUCUUGGAUGGCGUGUUUUCCUGACGGCGAAAGUAAAUUACACCCAUCGCACGGAAAUCGAGUGGAAUUGCAACAUGUGAG